GCCUGCGCAGUGGAGCCCGCUCGCCGCUUCUGCGCUCCGGUGGAGGUCCGGGCGGCGCGCGGCGUCCCCAUGGAGGACCCGCGGGCGGAGUCGGAGCCCCUUCUGAGCCGGGCCCGGGGCGGCAGCGUUGGUCCUGGCGCCGCAUCCGGGAGGGAUCUCUGCUUCGACCAGGCUGCUGUCUUCAUCGAAGAUGCCAUCCAGUACCGUUCCAUUAACCACCGCAUGGAUGCCAGGUCACUGUGGCUUUACCGACUGUAUUACUCCAGUGCCUGCCAGUGGACGUUGAGCUUCACCAUUUCCCUGAUCCUGCUCUUGGCUUUUAUCGAGACGCCUUCGUCGCUCACCAGCACGGCGGACGUGCGCUACCGCUCGGCCCCCUGGGACCCGCCCUGUGGCCUCACUGAGGGCAUCGAGCUGCUCUGCCUGCUGGUCUUUGUGGCCGACGUGUCUGUGAAGAGCUACCUGGUCGGGUGGGCCCAGUUCCGGAAGAACGCCUGGCUGCUGGCCUACCUGCUGGUGCUGGUCGUGUCCCUCGCCGACUGGAUCGCGUCGCUGAGUCUGGUGUGCCAGGAGCCCAUGCGGAUCCGCAGGCUUCUUCGCCCCUUCUUCCUGAUGCAGAACUCCUCCAUGAUGAAGAAGACGCUCAAGUGUAUCAGGUCGUCGCUGCCGGAAAUGGCCAGCGUCGUGCUGCUGCUGGCGCUGCACCUAUGCGUCUUCACCAUGUUGGGGAUGCUGCUCUUCACGGGCGAGAAGCAGGGCGACGGGAGGGACCGGGAGAGGCUCACCUAUUUUCGCAACCUGCCGGAGGCCCUGACGUCCCUCCUGGUGCUGCUGACCACGGCCAACAACCCGGACGUGAUGACUCCCGCAUACUCCAGGAACCGGGCCUACGCCAUCUUUUUCAUAGUCUUCACCCUGAUAGGAAGCUUGUUUCUGAUGAAUCUGCUGACGGCCAUCAUCUACAACCAGUUCCGGGGCUACCUGAUGAAAUCCUUCCAGACCUCGCUGUUCCGGAGGCGGCUGGGGGCCCGGGCCGCCUACGAGGUCCUCUCCUCCCUGAGCGCCCAGGGAGAAGCCCUCCCUGCAGGAGUCGGGGUGAAGCCCCAGGACUUCCUGCAUGUGCUUCAGAGAGUGCAGCUGCACAGUCAGCACAGACAGGUCAUCAUGGAGAAGGUACGUUCCUAUGGUAGCGACCUGCUAUCAGCUGAUGAGUUUCAGAAGCUCUUCAAUGAGUUCGACAAAAGGGUGAUCAGAAAGCGCCCGCCGCGGCCCGAGUACCGGUCUCCCUUCCUGCAGAGCGCCCAGGUCCUCUUCAGCCACCGCUACUUCGACUACCUGGGGAACUUCAUUGCCCUCGGGAACCUCGUGUCCAUUUCCGUGUUCUUGGUGCUCGACGCAGACGUGCUGCCCGAUGACCGUGACGACUUCGUGCUGGGGAUUCUCAACUGCAUCUUCAUCCUGUACUACGCGCUGGAGCUGCUGCUCAAGGUGUUCGCUCUGGGCCCGCGGGGGUACCUGUCUUUCUCCAGCAACGUGUUCGACGGGCUCCUCACUGUCGUCCUGCUGGUUUUGGAGAUCUCCACUCUGGCUGUGUACCGAUUCCCACACCCGGGCUGGAAGCCGGAGGUGCUGGGCCUGCUGUCGCUGUGGGACAUGGCUCGGCUGCUCAACAUGUUCAUCAUCUUCCGGUUCCUGCGCAUCAUCCCCGGCAUGAAGCUGAUGGCCGUGGUGGCCACUACCAUCCUGGACCUGCUCAAGAACAUGCGGGCCUUCGGCGGCAUCCUGGUGGUCGUGUACUACGUGUUCGCCGUCCUGGGCAUCAACCUGUUCCGGGGUGUCGUCGUGGCUCCUGGAAACGGCAGCCUCGCCCCUGACAACAGCACGGCACCCUGUGGAAGCUUCGAGCAGCUGGAGUACUGGGCCAACAACUUCGAUGACUUCGCGGCCGCCCUGAUCACUCUGUGGAACGUGAUGGUGGUGAACAACUGGCAGGUGUUUCUGGACGCCUAUCGGCGCUUCUCGGGCCCGUGGUCGAAGAUGUACUUUGUGCUGUGGUGGCUGGUGUCGUCGGUCAUCUGGGUCAACCUGUUUCUGGCUCUGAUUUUGGAGAAUUUCCUUCACAAGUGGGACCGCCGCACUCACCUGCAGUCCCUCGCCGGGGACCCAGACGCCGCCUGUCACGUGACUGUGGAGCAGCUCUUGUUCAGGGACGUCCUGGAGGAGCCCACGGAGGACGAGCUGCUGGAGAAGCUGGGCCACCACCCGCACCUGCGGCUGCGCAGGUGACCCCCAGGGGCGCCGUCCGGCGCGGGCGGCAGGUGGCGGCGCGGCCUUGGGAUGGACACUGGCUGAGGCGGCAGCCCAGGAGGAGGGACUCUCCGUGGCCUGGCUUCCUGCCCCCGCGCGUGGCGGCGCAGGGGCCCGGCUGCCCCGCAGAGCCACGUCCUGCAGCGCCCUGAGCUCCGCGCCGGCCGUCGUCUCUUGUCGCUCCUUCAGCGGGACUGUGACUUCUCCGCACACGGGCAGCGGGCGACUCCCGGGGCCCGUGAGCCCGGCCGGGAAGCAGGAGGCUGUGGCCUUGUGGGCCGGGCAGUUCCCACGGUGCCUUCGCUGCUGGUGGCCUUCAGGGACCACGGGCCCCCCAGGGCCUGCACGGGCCGCCGGCAGCUUCCCAGGGCCUUCGAUUCGGGUGGUUUUAUAGGAAGAGACUCUUGACUGUUAUUAUUUCACGGCUCCGCUGAGUGCCGACUGUGCGUGGAGUUUUUUACGGGUCAGAACGUCAAUAGUUUAUAUCCUGAAGUCUUGCAAAAAGUGAGGUCGUUCUUAUUUGGACCCAGCUUCCAUCCUGUUUUUCUCUGGAACUGGGUGGCCAAGUGAGGUGGUUUAGAUCGUGUACUGCACGCCUGGCUGCAAGGGGGUGUCCAGGCACUGGGUGUCUUCCCAAGGUGACGGGUGCCUUUUUCUAACUUGUGUAAAAGCAGGUGUAAGCUG